GAGCGCUGUUUGCCAGCUGCAGCCGCAGAAGAAGAGGUGGAAGCAGAGCUCGGAAGUCGGCUGAUUUUCCUCUCUUUCAGGACCUGUCUCUGGGCUGAGACUGGCACCGAUGAGGGGAUCAUGGGGGAGUUUUCAGUGACCCUCGCCGAGGCGCUCGGUCUCGGCACCAGUCUGGCUCUUUCAGGCUUCUUCUACUGUCUGUACAGGAAGAGCCGGGUGACGGUGGACAAACUGGAUAACGCUCCGCAGCUCGCCGUGGACGGAAACCUCAAAGACAUUUUGAAAGUGACUCCAGGAGCAUGUCUCCAGUACGCCGUCAUCGAAGGUGUAGUGAGACCAGUGGGUGAACCUCUGACGAGCCACUUCCACAAAGAAACUGUUGGCGUGCUGCAGAAGUUCAUGCUGCGAGAACACAGUCUGGUGUGGAACAGCCUGUCACGGUCCUGGACGGACGUGGACCGGGUGUUACACCAGCGAGUGUCCGCCGUGCCCUUCGUGCUGGUGGGCUCAGACGAGACGGAGGUCCGGGUGCUGUGCCCUCUGCAGGCCUCUGGGGUGUACAUGGAGACCACGCACGAGAAGUUUCAGCAGUCCGUCUACGGCUUCGGCGAACUUAUAGGCCAGUACAUCAGCGGGGAGAAGCCCAAAGGUCAACUGGAGAUCGAGGAAAUGCUGAAGGUGGGCUCCACCGUCACCGGCGUGGGCGAGCUGGUCCUGGACGCUCACGGCUCCCUGAGUCUCGGCCCUCCUUCCAACGGUUCUGAGUACUUCCUGAGCACCAGAGACUUCGGCGCUCUGAGAGAGGACAGCCAGAGCGUGGCCGUUCUGUGGAAGGCAAUGCUGGUGGCUUCCGCCCUGGCGGGGGCGGCGCUCGUCUUCUGGGUGGGGCUGCGCUACUACCGCCACCGCCAAGCGCUGUGGGAGCAGGAGCGGGAGAGGCAGGAGUUCGAGCGGCUGCGAGCCGAGGCCUUCACGCCGCACGCCGCCGACCGAUCCGCCGACUCGGAGGCUAACAGCUGCGUGAUCUGCCUCAGUCGGCCCCGGGACUGCGCCCUGCUGGACUGCGGACACGUGUGCUGCUGCCACGCCUGCUACCAGGCCCUGCCGCAGCGCCGCUGCCCCGUGUGCAGGCGGGACAUCGUCAGAGUGAUCCCGCUGUAUCACACCUGAUCCGGCGCCAGCACCGGACUCAGCCGCGCACAGAACUGCGGACCGAAGCAGGCAGACCUUUGGUUCAGCGAACGACUCCGGACGCCAGAAUCUGUCCUUUUUAAAGUCCAGAUAUUUAUUUCAGUGUGUUUGUGCCUUAUUCGGGUGUCAUGUAGGGCUGCUGUUGUUUGCACCUUGGGGAUCUGAGGUUUUUAUUCAGUGGCAGAAACAGUCGCACUGCUCUGGAUCUGAGGAGCAUCAGUGUGUCUCAGAAGGAGGAACUGCAGAACGAGGCUGCUGCUCCUCACAACGGCCACUUUACCCGUCUUCAUUCGAGGGCUUUUUAAGUAUAUUGUGAUU